AAAGCGUACUGCGGAGCAGCGCUCCAUCGUCAACUUCCGAAAAGCGGCACAGCCGCUAAACAACCUAGGUUGGAUGAGAAGAAUCCCGCCCAGUCGAAAGCUAAGAAAACCUUCCCGAAGAAAACGGCACCUGCACCACAGAAAGAUGGCUCACAGAAUGGACCGAAGGCUUCUUCAAAAGGAUCCUCCUCCAAACCUCCACACAGAGGUGGUCCUAGUCGAAACCCGAUGUCUAGACGGCUUUCGCCAUCUUAUUCUCGAUCGGGGCCAUCUCCUUUCGUGUCCCCACUAAUAGGCCGUAGAGAGUGGCAAAGCGGUCCUGCUCCGUUCCAGAAUCAACGCUACCCGCAAAGCAACGUGUAUGAAGAGCAGAUGCGCUUCGGCGAACCGUAUCCGUUCACUGAUCGCAGAGGAGGCAGUGAUGUGUCGCCAUGGUCAAGACCUCUAACUCAGCCAGAUGAGAUGUAUAAAUUGGAAUCAGUGAUGCGCAGAGCUGCUCAAGAAAAUGCGUCUUCCUUUGAAGCAGUAAGACAAGUGGAGAAAAUGGGCCUUGGUUCAGUUGUUGGAGCAAUAUUGAAUGCUGUUGAUCACAGGAAUCCUAGUUAUUCGACGCGUGACGCUCCAUCGCAGCGAAUUCCAGCGUUUGUUGACGAGCACUACGGGAGGGACCCUCGCAUGUCCAGUGGUCUUGAUUACACUCCCCUUCCGGUUCGGGACAUUAGCAGAUAUGUGGAACCGCUCGAGGAGUUCAACGACAGCUCUCGUACGCUCACUUCGCAGCCUCGUCCCGAACCUAUUACUUAUCCUAUAAUGGGCAGAGCUGUUGCGGGCAGUGUUGGUGGAAGUGCAGGCGCUCCUCCGUUUGGACAGUCAUAUUCGGCCUUCGCCAGUCAGUCGUUUGGAGGAAGGAUGGACUAUGG